UGGAAGUCUCCAAACCCUUUUCUCCUGUGUCUGAUAAGAAUGACCCUGAGAAUGGCCGCCGGUUCAGUGGUCGGCGUUGCUUCUCCGACAGUCAGUUGGUCUUUCCGGCGGCGACCCCUACCGGAGAUACUAUGAUUAGUUUCUAUCAACCGUACAGGUCUCAUCAUCAGCUCAAGGCAGGAAUAUCCUAUUCCUAUCCACCCAUGGAGACGCUACUCCUGGCCUACCAAUCCCUCGGAGUCGUGUACGGCGACCUCGGCACCUCCCCGGUGAACGUUUUCUCAGCCACCCAACUCACCAAUCUCAGCGAAGACGAUCUGAUAGGCACACUAAGCCUCAUCUUCUGGGCCCUAACCAUACUAGUCUUGAUUAAAUACACCUUCAUCGUUAUCCAUGCAGACGAUCAUGGCGAGGGCGGCACUUUCGCCCUGUAUUCGCAGCUCUGUCAGCACAUAAACAUUCGGAGCAAGCUCGCCAUACAGAGCUGCAUGAAGGGCGAACCAGACGACGGCCCAGUGUAUUAUGGCGGAUCAGGAGGGCAGCUGAGGGCUAAGGCUAAGAAGUUUAUUGAGAACAGCCCGGGAGCUCAGAAUUUUCUUACUUUUAUUGUGCUGCUGGGGACUUGCAUGGUGAUUGGUGAUGGAACUCUCACGCCGGCCACUUGUGUUAUUUCAGCCCUUCAGGGAAUUCAAUCUGUCUCCCCAAAGAUAACUCAAGAUCAUGUUGUGUUCAUGUCUGCGGUUCUUCUAAUCGUCCUCUUUGCUUUCCAGCAUUGCGGAACCAAUAAAGUUAGCUUCGCCUUCUCCCCAAUAAUGCUAUUGUGGUUUGCCACUAAUACAUCUAUUGGCAUCUACAAUAUCAUAAAGUACCAUCCAUCCAUUCUCAGAGCCAUCUCUCCUCACUAUAUGGUGAAAUUCUUUAUAAGAAACCACAAGACCGCGUGGGAUCUUCUUGGCGCUGUGUUCCUGGGCAUAACAGGAGCAGAGGCCAUGUUUGCAGACUUAGGUCAUUUCAACAAAAGGGCAAUUCAGUUGGGUUUUUGUUUCGUUGUCUACCCAUCGCUCGUUAUCACCUAUGCUGGGGAAACGGCUUACUUAGUCAGGUACCCGGAGAAGAUCACAAACGCCUAUUACAGCUCUAUCCCGAAGGCUGUAUACUGGCCAAUGUUUGGAAUCUCUACCCUAGCUGCCAUAGUUGCAAGCCAAUCUAUGAUAUCGGCUUGUUUUUCCAUCGUGAAACAAUCCCUGUCUCUCGAGUGUUUCCCGAGGGUGAAGAUUGUCCACACUUCUUCCAAGCACGAAGGGCAGGUCUACUGUCCAGAAAUAAACUACACCCUAAUGGUUCUCUGUGUUGGUCUAGUUAUCGGCUUCAAGGGCGGUGUUGAACUGGCAAAUGCUUAUGGUGUGGUUGUGAUAUGGGUAAUGAUUAUAACUACUUUCUUGACAGCCCUAGUCAUGUUGCUCAUCUGGAACACAAAUAUUCUUCUAAUUCUAGGGUUUUUCUUGCCCUACAUACUGAUUGAAGGCUUCUUUAUGACCUCCCUGCUACGUAAAAUACCACAAGGGGGGUGGGUACCAUUUGCAAUCUCUGUUAUCCUAUUUGCAGUCAUGAUCUCUUGGACCUAUGGGAGCAGUAAGAAGAAAGAGUAUGAAGCUGAAAGGAAGAUGGCCCUAACAGAGUUAGAUGAAAUGUUAUCAGUCAGUUACAUGUAUAGAACACCGGGAACUUGUUUCUUCUUUACUGAUCUUGUCAACGGGAUUCCACCCAUUGUACGACACUACAUUCAGCACACGGGCUCUAUUCAAGAAAUCAUGGUGAUUGUCACGGUUAGGACUGUUCCUAUCAAAACCGUGCCCCCUGAGGAACGUUUCAGUGUACAGAAGCUAGGAGUGAAGGGGGCGUACAGAUGUUUGGUUCAGUUUGGGUACAAGGAUUCUCAGAAUGUUGGGGGAGAAGAAUGUGUUAGUUCAAUGAUUGCAAGGCUCCAGGAGGCAGCUGAAUCGAGUGGCGAAAAACAAAAAAUAAGUUCAGCCACACAGAGAGGGGUCAUUUUUGUGGUAGGCAGAACCAUUCUAAAAGCAAAUGGGCAGAAUGGCAGGUUUUCUAGGUUUACGAUAAACUAUUUGUACAGGUUUCUUCAAAAGAACUGUAGAGGGGCCAUUUCAACAGCUGAAUUCCCGCUCGACAAAACAUUGCAGGUAGGAAUGCUUUAUGAAAUCUGACAGGAUUUCUAAAUGUAAAACGCCUAAACUUCUUGUAAACAAGACCAUAAAGCUCCCUAAAUAUUCCCACUAAAAGAUUUCUAU